UUUGGUUUUUAACCUAACAAAUCGUAAUUCUAGUAAAAAGAUGUAAAGUCGAAGACAGUGUUAAUCGUGUUAAUUGAAGGAUUAUUAAUUGUAAAUUUGUAUUUUUGUAAUGGAGGUUAAUGAACUUUUUGAAAAAUUGAAACAAGUUCAAACUUUUCUUCAAUGUCAAGAAUGUAAUGAUCAAAACAAACAACUUGUUAGGCUCAAGAUUUGUGGCCAUUAUAUUUGCAAGGCUUGUUUUAAAGAAAGUAAACAAGCCUGUCCAGUAUGCAAAACGGUUUUUAAUGAUAACAAUAUUGAAUGGGAUAAUAUUUACAGUGCAACAAAAGAUAUUCUUGAAAAUCUUAACGAUUGUAUAAGUCACCUGUUAAACAAGGACUCUCCUAAUGAACAAAAGAAAUCUAGUUCCACAUCAACCAGACCAGACAAACUUACAUACAAAAAUAAAACAUACCACGUUAAUUUUAUUGAUAAACAGAAAGUAAAUAACAAAGGAGAAAGUGCUCUUCAUGUCUCUUGCAGAAGAAAAAAAAUUGAAGUAGUUUUUACUUUAUUACAAAAAAAAGUAGAUGUUAAUGCUCAAGAUUUUGCUGGUUGGGUUCCUCUUCAUGAAGCUAUAGAAAGCGGAAGUUUAGAAAUUGUAGAAAUGUUACUGAAGCAUGGUGCUUUGACUAACGUACCUGGUCAAGAUUACACAACACCCCUUCACAAAGCUGUUUCUUGUCGAAAUAAGUCAAUUAUACGUUUAUUGCUUCAAUAUGGAGCUGAUAGAAAUGCAGUCGAUUACUUUGGGAAAAAGCCUUUAGAAUGCAUAGAUGAUCCAAAUGAAUUUAAAUCGAUAUUUCUAGAGCAGGUAGAUCUAAUACGUCAAGAGCCUCAACUUUUUUGUUUAAAGCAAAUGGUAGCGUUCUGUUACUACACGGACACCAUAUAUAAAAACAAAUUAAAGCAGAACAAAAUAAAAAUUGAAGAAAAAUACGAUUGCAAGAAAGUAACACAUUUCAUAAUAAAAAAGACACAUAAAAUAUCGGUUAAAAUCUUAACUGCUAUGUUGGAGGGUUGUACAAUAAUUCCCCAAGAAUAUAUAGACGAUUAUGUUGACAAUAAUUACUUUAUACCAAUAACUGAUUACAAAUUUGUAGAUCUACCUUUACUUAAUAUCGGAAUACAAAAGUCUAUAAUGAAUGACAUGCUAAAACUGCCGAAACUUUUUGAUGGCAUAAGUUUUUACAUUACUGGACAUGUGGAUAUGGUGAAUAUGAAUGGAUGUAACGUUCAAAAGGAUAAUUUGGCAACGAUAAUAAAAGCAGGUGGUGGACAAAUAUUACAAAGAGCUCCUACGCCUUCUACUUGUGAAAAAAAAGUUUACUUUCCAUUCCAUGCUGCUAAAUCCAACGCAAAAUGUUGUAAUUAUAUAGUGUAUGAAGAAUCUAAUCCACCUGUGUUAAUGUAUCAUAUGCCAGAGUUAAAGCACAAAUCCUCUAAAUGGCUUAUCGAUUGUGUUGUUAAUUUUGCUAUUCUUGAUUAGGUUGUUAUUGUAAAUUUAAAUUUGUAUUUAACAUAAAGACAAUUUGUUUUUACUAUUAUUAUUAAUGUUGAAUAGAAAAAUAUGAAAGUUAAAGAAUAA